AUGCCUUUUGUUCAGUUACCCGCUAUCUUCAGAGCAGUGUGCAGCUCUGGUGGAGAAGGGGCGCGCAUGGAGCCUAUAUCAGCGGGCGUGCAUUUUAAAAAGAAAAUUGCACUGCAUGCACAGCGCGCCUAUUCAGCCCACAGCCCGAAAACGCUAGCUGCUGCGUUAAUGCUCCAAAAAGAAAACGUGUUUAUGGAGAGGCCCUGCCAUAGCAUGCCCAUGGAGAUGAGCCGCGAAAGCGCACGGAUAGUGCAUGCAGCAGCCUUCUGCGCCAAGGCGUUAAAAAGCAUAAUUUCCCGAGGCAACAAAUAG